AUGAGGAAGUUUGAUUGGCACAGGGCCAUCAAAAUAGGUUUUUAUUGGUUGAGAAUCUCUCUUCUUAUUCAUAGACUCUUCAUAUCUAUCUAUCUAUCUAUCUAUCUAUCUAUCUAUCUAUCUAUCUCAGUGCAUUCACAUGUAUCUAUCUAUUUCACUUUGGUCAUAUCUAGCAAUUUGUUUAAAUAUAAUAUCUAUCUAUCUAUCUAUCUAUCUAUCUAUCUAUCUAUCUAUCUAUCUCAGUCUGUUCAUAUCUAUCUAUCUAUCUAUCUAUCUAUCUAUCUAUCUAUCUAUCUAUCUGUCGGUUUGUCUGUUCCUGGAAUUCUGAUUUCGUUCCUUCCUAUCUUCAUCCAUUUGUUCGUUCCUUUCUUUCUUCCUUCCUUCUUUCCUUUGUUCGUUCGUUCCUCCUUUCCUUUGUUCCUUCCUUUGUUUCUUCCUUCCUUUGUUCGUUCGUUCCUUCCUUCCUUCCUUGCUAUCAUUCUUUCUUUGUUUCUUCGCGCCUUUGUUCUUCCUUUUUUCUUUCCUUCAUUUGUUCGUUCGUUCGUUCGUUUGUUCUUUCUUUCUUUAGGUCCUCCCUUCCUUGGUUUCUUCCCGUCUUCGUUCUUUCCUUUCUUCGUUCGUUCGUUCGUUCGUUCGUUCGUUUGUUCUUUCGUUUCUUUGUUUCUUCAGGCCUUCGUCCCAUUCUUCCUUCCUUCCUUUGUUCCUUCGUUCGUUCCUUCCUUUUUUCUUCAGGCCUUCGUUCGUUCGUUCGUUCGUUCGUUCGUUCCUUUCUUUCUUUCUUUCUUUCUUUCUUUCUUUCUUUCUUUCUUUCUUUCUUUGUUCGUUCGUUCGUUCGUUCUAUCCUUCCUUCGUUUGUUGCUUCGCGCCUUUGUUCCUUCAUUUCUUCGUUCGUUCGUUCGUUCGUACAUUCCUUCUUUACUUCCUUCAUUCGUUCGUUCGUUUCUUCGCGCCUUCGUUUGUUCCUUUCUUCCUUCCUUUGUUUGUUUGUUCGUCCGUUCGGUCCUUCCUUUCUUUCUUUGUUUCUACAGGCCUUCGUUCCUUCCUCUUCCUUCCUGGCAUCCAUUGUUCGUUCGUUCGUUCUUUUCUUUUGAUUCUUCGCGCCUUUGUUCCUUCCUGUCUUCCUUCCUUCUUUCGUUCGUUCCUUCGUUCUUUCGGUCCUUCCUUCCUUUCAUUGUUUCUUCUGGCCUUUGUUCCUUCCUUUCUUCCUUCCUUCCUUUGUUCGUUCGUUCUUUUGUUCCUUCCAUCCUUUCUUCCUCCCUUUUUGUUUUCGCGCCUUCGUUCGUUCGUUCGUUCGUUCCUUCCUUCCUUUGUUCGUUCUUUCCUACCUUUGUUCAUUCUUUCCUUUCUUUGUUUCUUCAAGCCUUCGUUCCUUCCUUUCAUUCCACCAUUCUUUCCUUUGUUCGUCCGUUUGUUCCUACCUGCUUUCCUUUAUUUAUUUCCUUCCUUUCUUCCUUCCUUUGUUCGUUCGUUCGUUCCUCCCUUCCUUCCUUUCUUUUUUUUUCAGACCUUCGUUCCUUCCCUUCUUCCUUCCAUACUUCCUUUCUUCGUUCGUUCCUUCGUUCCCUCCUCUCUUCCUUUGUUUCUUCGCGCCUUCGUUUCUUCCUUCCUUUCUUCGUUCGUUCGUUCUUUCCUUCCUUCCUUCCUUCCUUCCUUCCUUCCUUCCUUCCUUCCUUCCUCGGAUACUUAUAA